CAAAUGCGACGGUCUCCGCCCAGGUAUUCCACAUUUUCUUUCGCAGCAGGUGGCCUCCGAUCCAAUUUUCGAAGUCGCAAGUGCUGACUACUGUUAUUCCCAGUGUGUGGAAGAUGCCAAAACAAAAGAGAGCUUCAGGAAACCUGUACUUACAUCGCUGCGUCAGUGAGCCGUAGCAGUACUGUCAACCACCAUCACUCAUCAGCUGCAGUAUCCUCCCAACUGCCGACUCCUGCUACUUCUGCUCAAGUAAAUUCGGAGGGAUUCAAUGCCAUCAGAUCUCCAGGCGCUCGCAGCCCCGGUAAUCCAGGAGAAUUCUCUUUCGAGGUCAAGGCUGCCAUUGAUACCCGACUGGGGCUACCGUCCCCGAAAAGGCGUUGCCCUAUUCCUCUGACAGAUGCUCCAUUAUUUGGCUUGCUCUCCAUUCCAGAUAUCACUGAAGCCAUUGUCAAUCCUGCGGACCAUGCCCUUCCGUCGCGCAGGCAUGCCGACCACUUGGUGAGCCUGUACUGGCAAUGCCUAGAUCCUCUGGAGCCCUUGCUCGAUCAGAAAUCUUUCUGGACUGCCUACCAGGCCCUCUUUGAUGGGAGGGAGAUAGAGUGCAAUAGACAGAUCUUUCUGUGCAUGCUCAAUCUUGUAUUCGCUUUGUCCACUCAAUUACAAGAAUCAAAUCCCCCUGAACAGCGACACAGUGCCAGCAGAACUUUCUUUCUUCGAGCCUGGCAUCUGUUGCGUCCGGAGAUCAUCCUCUGGCAAGCCGGCUCAUUGGAGACCGUUCAAUGUCUGCUUCUUAUGACCAGGUACCUUCAAUGUACCCCUAAUUUGCAGCAGACAUGGAUGACCCUGGGUUCCGCUCUCCGGAUUGCCGUGAGCAUUGGGCUUGACCGACCAGGGGGGAAUAUAUCCGGAUCACGGAGGGAAAAUAGCGUGGCACUAGAUGUUUGGCAGCAGUGUGUCCUCAUGGACAGAUGCCUUUCCUGGUCGCUUGGGCGGCCUUCCUCAGCGCCUAGAGUACCCUUUUCGUUCAACUCACUUCGGAACGGUAGCAACCCACCUAACUACGACAGUGAGACUGUCAUUUCAGUUUCGGAGAAAAUGCAGGAAUUAACCAAGAUCACCGGUUACAUUGGCGUUUCUCAAGUACUCCCCAGCAGUAGUUCGGCCGAGGGCCUAGGCUUGGCUACACAAACCCAACCCGAACCCUAUACCGUUAUACAAAUCGACGAGCGUCUAACUGGAUUAGAAAACAGCCUCCCUCCUGUCCCAUUCAAUAGCCCUAAUGUCGAAUCUGCCGACCGGCAACUACUCCUCCUUCGUCUCCGCAUCUCAUACACACGCAUCAUGCUCCUCAGACCUACAAUGGCCCACUUCUGUCUAUCACAUUUACAAACCCAGAAAUCAGGCGAACCAAAUCUAGGCGACCACAUCAACCAAACAAGCGCCACACUAUGCGUUACAAACGCCCAAAAGCUCCUUACACUGAUCCAGGCAUCAUGCUCACAACAAGACCAGACCGGACUCGUCAUCAUCCCCUGGUGGUAUCGUAUUUUUUUCCUCUACAUCGCAAUGCAGCAUUUGAUAACCGCAAUGCUACGACCUGAAAUCUUCGCUACGGUCGUUCAGGAGUCCUGGAACACAGCCGUAUCGGUCCUUAGUGCACACGAACACCUUAGUCUAUCUGUCGGAAAAUGUCUGAAUAGUUUUCGGUUGAUGUGGCAGAAGGUCAGUGAUAUUCAUCGCGCGCCAACCACUCAGGAGGAGGUUCUGCCGCCUCAUGAUGCAGAUUGUGAUAUGGGGUUGCGGGAUGUUUUUCGGCAUCUUGGGUUUGAUGAGGAGAUUCCGUUGUUUGGUUUGGAUGAUUCGGAGUGGUUGUUGGGGAAUGUUGAUUGGGUUUAGAUGAAUGAUCUCGCUUUUUGAAGUUCCCGAUGUGUAUGUUUGGUUUUUAGUGUAGCUCAGGGCAAUUCUAU